GAGCCUGUACCUCCUACUCUGCUUCCGCGGAGUGUGGACGGCGGGCGACCCUGGGACUAGUUGAGUGAUGUACUAAUGCUUUGCAGCAGCUUUCUAAGUCAGCACUUUCCUGUGUCUGUAGAUCACAGAACUGGCCAAGGCAUGGAGGAGUCUACGAACAAUCAUCUGAAUGAGACAAGUCUUGAGAAUAAUGACCGUCUCCAAAACACCGGGCCUCAGAUUUCUGUCAGUGAGUUUUCAUGCCACUGCUGUUACGACAUCCUGGUUAACCCUACCACCUUGAACUGUGGGCAUAGCUUCUGCCGGCAUUGCCUGGCAUUAUGGUGGGUGUCUUCCAAGAAAACAGAGUGCCCAGAAUGCAGAGAAAAAUGGGAAGGCUUCCCCAAAGUCAAUAUCCUCCUCAGGGAUGCAACUGAAAAGUUAUUUCCUGACGCCAUUAGGAGGAGAUUUGAAGACAUUCAGCAGAAUAACGAUAUCGUCCAGAGUCUCUCCGCGUUUCAAAAGUAUGGGAGCGAUCAGAUUCCCAUGACUCCCACUGCGGGCCGAGUGAAUCAACAGAGAGGAGGGGGGUUCUUUUCUGGAGUGCUCACAGCAUUGACUGGGGUGGCAGUGGUUCUGCUGGUGUACCACUGGAGCAGCAGGGAGUCAGAGCAUGACCUUCUGGUGCACAAGGCUGUGGCCAAGUGGACAGCAGAAGAAGUCAUCCUCUGGCUGGAGCAACUGGGCCCAUGGGCCUCUCUCUACAGAGACAGGUUUCUAUCUGAGAGAGUAAAUGGAAGAUUGCUUUUAACGCUGACAGAGGAAGAGUUUUCAAGGGCGCCAUAUACCAUAGAAAAUAGCAGCCACAGAAGAGCCAUCCUCAUGGAACUGGAGCGCGUCAAAGCACUAGGGGUGAAGCCCCCCCAGAAUCUCUGGGAAUAUAAGGCGGUAAACCCAGGGAGGUCCCUGUUCCUUCUGUAUGCCCUCAAGAGCUCUCCAAGACUUGGUCUGCUAUACCUCUACCUGUUCGACUACACAGACACCUUUCUACCCUUCAUCCAUACCAUCUGCCCUCACGAAGAUGACUUGGGAGAAGACAUCAUCUCCAAACUCCUGGAUCUGAGAGAACCCACGUGGAAGCAGUGGAGGGAAUUCCUGGUCAAAUACUCCUUCCUCCCAUACCAGCUGAUUGCUGAGUUUGCGUGGGACUGGCUGGAGGUUCAUUACUGGACGUCACGGUUUCUCAUUGUCAACGCCAUGCUGCUCUCAGUUCUGGAGUUAUUCUCAUUCUGGAGGAUCUGGUCAAGAAGUGAACUGAAGACGGUGCCCCAGAGGAUGUGGAGCCAUUUUUGGAAAGUAUCAACGCAGGGGCUUUUCGUGGCCAUGUUCUGGCCCCUCAUUCCUCAGUUUGUUUGCAAUUGUCUGUUUUACUGGGCCCUGUACUUUAACCCAAUUAUUAACAUCGAUCUUGUGGUCAAAGAGGUCCGGCGGCUGGAAACCCAAGUGUUGUGACUGGCAGUGCCCAGGCUCCAGGCACUCUUGCCAGCCCGCCUGCUGCCUGAGCUUUGAUGUUAACCAAGGGUGAGGGGGAAAGUAGAAUUCCUAUUUUCUACCCCUAGUAAAACAAGGUGCUGCUUUGUAUAUUAAAGGCUAACAGCCAGGUUGUCUCACCCUCAGCUUAUGGCCUGGUGACAACAGGAACUAACAUACCAGAACACAGUCUGUUUGGCCAGUGAAGUGGCAGCACCUCUCACCCAGCUGCCCUCCCAUAGGACUGGUGAAGUUCAACAUGGACAGCUGCAAGGGCUCUUGAGGACACUGUAGCUGGCAUCAGAAGGGCUGCGGGCCAGGCCCUUUGCUCCAGCUUCACCCAACAGGCUCCCAGAGUGGGCUGGGCCCAGGCUUGUUUUACAAGGCAAGUUUCGGAAAACGGGAGAAGAUAUUGUUGUAGGCAUAGAAAAUAUGCACAUAAAAAAUACAGAGGAAACCCAAAGUUUCGUCAUUUCUGUCUAAGACUUGCUUGGGGUGUCUGUGUGAAACCUCUACAGUGACACAGUGUGAGGCUGGAAGGGUGAUCUCCACAUGGAAUCACUGGCGUUGGGAUUCAUUUCUUGGAGUCAAAACUGAGUAGGAUGUGAGCAGUUAACAGCAGGUAAUUAACACCAAAGGAGCCCUGGUGGCACCGUGGUGCUCAGCUGCUGACCAAAAGGUAGGCGGGUUUGAACCCAUCCGCCAGUCUAUGGGAGAAAGAUGUGGAAGUCUCCCUAAAGAUGCCAGCCUCGGAUACCAGAUGGGGCAGCUUUAUUUUGUCACACUGCGUCUCUCUCAAUCAAAAGCAACUCAACAGUGUUAAUGUUAGGUUUAAUUCACAUCAGGCUCGGCUGUCUCACGACUACCAUAAAAUCAUUUCUGUUUUAAGACUGAAUCUGUAAAAUAAAUCCUAGGGCAGCCCUAUUGUUCUAUUUUAUAAACUGAUCUCACACUAUCCAUCUUCAUUGCCCUGUUCUGGUGGGUGUUUACCACAUACUGUGUAAACAAAAGAUGACCUGAACUGUAGUCUGUUACUGCCUUCAGUGUGGAAACAUCAGGUGUGAAUCUGGUCUCUGAAGACUGGUCCUUUAGAGAGAAGCUUGCACCCAAGGGGGUUUUGUGACUCCCCAAGCCACUCACUAAUCCUUUGUAUUUUUGAAUGAAGAUGUCGCUCACACUUUGCAUCUGAAACUUUGAAGGAAUUACUUUGAGAUAAAAAUAAAGUUUUUUUUUUAAUACAAA